AUGUGUACGUUCUUUCGUGAAGUGAGAAAGAAUUGCGCUGGUUCUAUCACCAGCAAAUGGUUUAUGAGUGACAUCGCCCCACAGUAUUACAAUGCGUGGGUGGGUGUUAUGAAUGAUGUCCCACGGUCCCAGAAGCUGUUAUGCACGUGGCACGUGGAUAGGGCCAUAAACAUGGAGCUCAGAAAGAAAAUUGGUGACUUAUCUACCGAAGCAGAGAUCUACAAAAUGUUCCGAACAGUCCUAGAGCAGACCAACGAAUCGUUAUUUGAUGACUGUCUACGGGCCCUACUCCACCGGUUGAGCCUCUCCUCUAAGACUGCCGCGUUCCAUAAGUAUUUUGUGCGUGACUGGGUCCCUCGGAAGCAUCAGUGGGCAUAUUGUUUUAGAACUGGUCUCGGAAUCAACACGAACAUGUUCGUGGAAGCCUUCCACAGAGUUUUCAAAUACGGAUAUCUAAAAGGGAAAGUCAACAAACGCUUAGAUAACUGCAUACUUAAUUUAUUAAAAUAUGUUCGUGACAAGACCUUCGAUCGCCUAAUCAAAGUAACCAAGGGGAAAUCUACAAAUCGAGUAAAUAUGAUACACGAUCGUCACUUACGGAGCCUGCCCUUACCUGUUGAGUCUGUUAACUGCGAGGAAGAUGAUGCAUGGACGGUUCUUGGAGAGGACGGGAGAAGUUCAUAUAAAGUCUGCCGAAUAGCAAGUGCUUGUGAGGAAACAAGUUGUGGGUUGAGAUGCCAGGAGUGUUGCGUCUGUGUUCAUCUUUAUGUCUGCAACUGCCCCGACAGCUUGAUUACAAGCACUAUUUGCAAACACAUACAUCUCGUGAACAGAUAUUUGAAUGGUAGCUCAGUUCCCAAAGACAACCUUAGUCAGUUCCCACGCCCAGAAAAUAGUUCCAUGGAUCCUGACUACCAGGAGGCAUCUAGUGAUACUGCAUACUACGACAGCACCAACGAGAUGAACUUUCUACGAGACUGUCUCAAUAAAGGAGCUGUGGGCGAGAAUGGGGAAAGUACCAUAGAGAGGACGAAACGAUCUCUUAAGGCGAAAUUGCUCAGAAUGAUCAAUGACGUUGAAGUCUGUGAAGAUGAAGAUGCGUUGCAACAGUUGGAUAAAAGUGUCAACUCCUCUUAUAGUUUGUUCACUUUGAUCAAGCAGCACAAAUAUACGACAAGUGCAAUUUCAGCUGCUAUACCUAAAGGGAGUGCACCUGCCAACAAAAAAAUUGAGGUCCAGAAACGUUUCUAUUCCACCAAACGAAAGACAGAAGAGAAAUAUCAGGUUAGCGAAACCAACCAAGGGAGAGAAGAUGGAGAUGAUUGA